CAGUGUAUCCAAACAAAGCUUAGUUACAUCCCAGCGCACGUUAGUCAUGCCCGUCGUCCAGUGUAGAGAGCGUCUCUCUCAGUCAACACUUGCGAGUUCUACUCAGAAAAAACCCCUCCAAAACCCUUAAAAUCAGCAGAAUAGCCGUCGGCUUGCCGGUUACUCUCCGGCGAUAUGCCCGCGCUUGCGUCAGAUAUCGGCGACUCCGCCCUGGUCCUUUUCUCGCCGGAACCCCAAAAACCCGUCGUCUACCCUUUCCGCCACGGCCUCAAACCCCCAAUCUCUCGCCUCUCCAUCUCGUGGUCUCGUGGCAACUCUCUCCGCGUGUCAGUCUUCCGGCAACUUCAACCUCAGCCCAACGACGUCACCAACGACGGCGAAUUGGGCGCCGAAGUCGGCGGCAAAGUGGUGGAAGUGAAGCUUGCUAGUGGAGAUGAUGAGAUCGGCGACGCGCAGUGGCGGAGGAUCGCGUACGGUUCGGUGUCCCCGUUUGCACAUCUUCAGAGUCGGAAAAACUCACUGCUGGCUCUGUCAAAAGUUUCGUUAGGCUCGUCUCCGUAUAAUGUUGAGUGGUGGGAAUAUGUCAUGGAGUACAGCAAGGACAUAAAUUCUCUUCUCGGUAGUCCAAAGUUGCCUCCUAGUUCGGUGAUUGAAGACCCAAAGACAAUUUUAAAGAAAGUUGAGGAGCCAACUUGUUUGAAGGCUGCAUGGGAGCUGAUGGAAAUAUUUUAUGCGGACAAACAAUCUCAAGGUUGGAUUCCAGAACAGCUUGUUGAUUGGUUAGCUGAAUAUGAUACUCUACUGUCCGGGACUCAGCCAACGGUCCAUUCAAAACUUGUGGAGUUUCAGAAAGAGCUUGUCGCUUUACAGGCAAUUGAAGAUGAUCCUAAAUACUGGGAAGCAUUGUCAUCAGCAUUGGCAGUUGGCUGGCUAGAGAUUGUGGUAAAACUGUUGCGGUUGCAUGGAUCUUAUCAGCUCGAUCAGCUUGGAAACCGCGAGGCAGAAAAUGGACUGGUGGAAGCAAUUGCUGUUCUUAUUUCAAAAAUGCCACGUAUGCGUCCUGGUCUCAAAGCUGGGAAAUUGGGUGAAUGCUAUAAAACGAAGCCCGAUUUUAUCAGGGCAUGGGAGAAAUGGCGGGGACAAAUUUCUAAGCUGGACAGCAGUGCAUUCUGGAUUCAGUGUGGUCACCGUCCUACUAGGGAAGGAUUGAAAAAUAUGCUACAAAUCAUGCUUGGAAACACCAAUAUUCUCUGCACUGCUACAUGCCAUUGGUUAGAGUUGUAUAUUUCACAGCUACUAUACAUCAGACCUUUCACUGUGGGUUUAGAAAGCCUGUUCAGCCUAGUUCAGACAUGUAUGCAGUUAAAACCAACGUCAGAUCCCCAUAAGUUGAUGAGAUUAUUAAGUGGUAUUCUUGGAGAAAAUACAGAGGUUGUUUUAGCGGAAUGCUCAAGAUCAUUUGGCCCUUGGAUGAUUGCCCAUGCGGCGGAGUUAUUGACAGCUGGGAGCACUCAAGCAGACAUUCUUUUACAUGAAGAGCAUUAUGAUCUGGGGGGAAUCAGCAUAGAGGAGCUCCACCGACUUGUCUAUGCUCAAGUUUUAUCUUCUCAUGCAUUAACUUGGCAAAUUGCUCCAAUAUAUUUAACAUCAUGCAUGAAACAAGGAAUGGGCUUGUUGGAGAUUUUGCUGUACAAGCAACCUGUACAACAUAAUCAAAUACUGCUCAAGAACAUAGAGAUCUGCCGUCUGUAUGAACUUGAUGGUGUUAGUUCAAACAUUAUGAAGAUUGCUGGAGUGCACCACUGGAAGCAUGGUAAGAAGGGGUCUGGGGUCUUUUGGCUUCAGCAAGCUCGGGACGAAGUUCGUUUAAACAGAAUUGCUCAGCAGUUGUUUGAUUUUGUUGGAAAAUCAAUUUCUGAUGAAAGUUUCAAGCAAUGGGAAGGAUUAAUUGAAUUGUUAGGAUCUGAGUCUAGGACUGCUGGGGGUCUGGAGUUUCUGCACAAGUAUAGGGAUUUCAAGAGAUCCCUUCAGCAGGUUCAAGAAGGAUCUACUAAUGAUGCAGCUCGGAAAGCUGCUGAAUCCCUUAUAUUGCUUAUGAAAAACCCUUCUACGCCUCACCGCUUUUGGCUGCCUCUUCUAUGUGACUCGUUGAAAUUGCUCAAUUGGCCGGGGCGCCCUCUGCUUAAUGUCUCUCAGACUUACCUGCUGUUGAAUAAAUUGCAAGAGUUGUCCCUGGCAAGGCUGCGCCCUGAUUUCAUUGAAGCAAACUUACCACCCGAGGCCUUGGGCUCUGUCAGGCUAGCUCUUGCCACUAAUCUAGGACGCGCCAUCCUUGAGGAAUGAUGCUUUGCUUUCGUUGGAAAUUAAAAAAUGUCCAAUAUUUGUAGUACGCGUCUUGUUACCCAACUCCCUCCUUCAGGCUUAAAAUGGUGAUUUUAUAUUAUUCACCUUGUAUUUAUUGAUUCUAAAUCCUUCCCUUCUAGCACCUCUAUGCUUGGACCGAUGACCAAAUCACACCUUCGCACUUUAUGGUACAGAGCAAGAGGGUUGCCUACAUCAUUUUGCCAAGAAACUGUAAUUGGAGAGUUACCAGAUACACAUGGUCCUUGUCUUCAAAUAUCUUUCAGGGCCUGCUGAAGCCUCUGGUUUUGCAAUGUACGGAUACUGGUUUGAGGACAAAGCACCUGUCUUGGAAGGGGAAUAUGCGCCUCUAGUAUCGGCGGUGGAUGCUGCACUUGUCCUAAUUAAUGGCCAUGUGUUGUAACCAAAGCAGAAUUACAUAACAAAAAUCAAAUGGAACUGAGAAAAUCCACUUAGCCGGGAAUGGGUCGACAGUUGUACAAGGUCGAGAGAAUGUUAAUAUAGCCAGUUCUAUCUGAUCUGCCUUGAUUGCUGGGAUUUUUAGUUUCUGUACCGUAUGUCGGAUAUUUUGUUCAUCAGCAAAAUACAAAUUUUCAUGUCAGUGUAUUCCAAAAUGAUUUCUGGAAAUUGCACUGUCCAUCU